GUCUGAUUUUGCAGAAAGAAUGAGCCACCCAAUAUCCUGAAGUUUGCCAAGGGCAUCAUAAGCCAGAGGAGGACGGACCGCAAGAGUCCCCCAGAUACCGUUAACUCCUUUGUUCUUAAAAUGCACUACUGCCUGGGAGUGUGUGUGUUCCUUCUCGCUUACAAUAUUGUGCAAGGUAGCUGGUUCUUGAGAGACACCAUACACUGUGUUGAAGCAUUUAAUGGAGAAACUUUGGUUUCAACCAAUAAGAAAAACAUUUGUCUGUCUUAUCCAUACACUUGUGAGCCUCCUGUACCAACAAGAUAUGGUAGCAAUGAGUGCCAGCGCAGAUACCAGCUGUUCUACCGUUGGAUCCAUUUCAGUUUCUUGAUCCUUUCUGCCGUUUACUAUACUCCUCGCAUUUUGGCCAAGGGCAAGGACCACCAGCUCCGGAAACUACUCACUGACCUUUCAGCUCGUGAUGAAAAUUAUGAUAAAGCAUCGCUAGAGGAAGGCACCAGGCUUGCUUUACAGUACUUCAAGAAUCACAGCUUUGUUCACACCCCUUUGUAUAUCAGGCUGGUUCUGUCUCAUGCAUAUGCUCUGGUUAUCGAUAUGGCUACUCUUUUCUUCUUUGAUUUUAUGCUACAUAAUGGCUUCUAUGGGCUAGUGUACACAACCUACCCAUGGAACAGGAACCCAAGCAAUUUCAAUGAUAGCAUGUCUCAGCAUUUCCCUCCAUAUGCAUUCUGCACCAUUGACAAGUACAACCUAAUCAACAAUGCAAGAGUGGAAAAUUAUGGUUGUCACCUAAUGCUGAUGGAAUUGUAUGAAAAAGUCUUCAUUGUGAUAUGGUUCUUGCUUGUAGUUCUCAUAGCUGUGACAAUGUUCUCUCUUUUGGUCCUCUUGUUCCUUUGGUUACCACCCUUAAAUCGCCUCCUCUUGCGCACCUGCAUCACCUCAGCCUAUAUCCAGAGAGUGAAGAGGGAGGUCUUGAAGAUCUCAAGUGUAGGGGACCUCUUUGCCAUUAGUCUCAUGAAGAGGCACAUGAAUGAAAGACAGUUUCUGAAAUUCCUUGAAUGCUUAGUACAGGUCUAUGACAACCACCUGAAAGAAGUCUUGGUAGAUAGUCAACAGACAGAUGCAAACAUAUGCUGAAAUCAGUGUUGAUACUUGUUAUUGUCAGAAGAAAGGGUGGAUUUAUUAGAAAGACGCAUUUUGAGAUAUUUCAUUUUAGUUUUUAAUUGUGUUGAUUUUUUUCUAGUUGUUUUCUUCUUCAAAAUAACACUUUAUUUUGUCUAUGUUGAACAUGAAGAAAUUCAAUGAGAGGUGCAAAGUUUAAUUUAUAUGAUAUACAGCUGUUACAAUUAUCCAAGUUCUUGAAACAGAACUUUUGAAUACCAGUGAUAUCAAACAUAAAUGAUUUCAAAUUUAAUUCACUCUUUGUUUUACUUAAUGUUUUCCAUAUUUUUCAUAGCAAAAGUUAGAAAUUAGUUUUUCCUGUUUUGAGUAUGAAAAGCAAGUAUGUUGGACAUGCCUUACAAGAGCAAACUAUCAGAUACCAAAUGAAUAUUAUGUUAAAACAUUUUACAGACAAUUUUGCAAAUGAAAGUGAGUAUGAAACAGGAGAAUGGAAAAUCUAAGACUAACUACAUAUUCAUUUUAAGCACACAUUCCUUGUUGCUACUGCUUCAGGAGUUUAUUAGAUUGGAUUACUAAUAAGCAAGUGAUUUCAGAUGUCAGGGAUUGAGCAGAAAUUUCAGUCCUAAUUUAGCACUUUUUCUACCACAGUAGGUAAAAAACAGGUUUUGCAUAUUGUCUUUUUUUUUGCUUUUUAUUUCCAUUUAUAUCAUUGAGAUGGAUGUUUGUGUAAUUACAAUUUAUUUUGUAAUAGAUACAUUUACCAGUGG